AUGGGAAAGCUAAAGCCUUGGUCGGGUUCCUUUUGGUCGGAUUUCUAUGAACAUGUCAGAAAGGGUACGGUUCGAGUUUAUCAUGGGGAUAUUGCAAGCCUCUCUUCACAUACCGUCCAUUUAUCGACGGGCGAAACGUUGAAAGGCGAUGCUCUGCACUGCUCCACGGGCUGGAAGCACAUGCCAUCAAUCAAGUUCUCACCACCAUCUCUUGCCAUAGAACUCGGUCUUCCUAGCGACGAUGGUCGAUCUAGCAACGACUAUAUCUCGAAAAUCGACGCUGAGAUCAUGUCUCGUUUUCCUGUUUUAAAAGAUCAACCCAACAUGACACCAAAGAGAGACCCGGGGAAAAUCCCAGUUCAAGACAAGUCAGCGCCGUACCGCCUUUACCGAUGCAUGAUCCCCCCAGCCCGUGCAAAUACUCGCAAGUUCGCAGUGGCUGGUGCAAUUCUUACUUUUCAACACCCGGCCGUUGCGCAAAUCCAAGCGUUGUGGAUAUUAGCUUACCUUGACGGUAUACUUCCAGUUGAAGAUUCGAUAGAAGAAUUAAAGUACGAAACAGAGAAAUUUGCCCGUUUUGGGCACUGGAGGUCCCCGGGAGGAUAUGGAAGAAAGUUUCCAGAUCUUGCGUUUGAAACCAUACCGUAUAUCGAUGAUCUUCUGGGGGAUCUGGGGUUGAAGUUCAAGAGAAAGGAUGGUUGGCUGAAGGAAAUAACUGAACCAUAUUUGCCAGGGGAUUAUAAAGGCAUUGUGAGGGAGUGGGCUGAGAUACGCAAAGAACAAGAGAGAACGGAAGGGCUGGUGGAGGGUUAA